CCUCUGCGUACCUUCCCACAUUUAUCGGCCAUAUUCCAAAAACCAAAUCAAAAUAAAAAAGGAAAACCAGCUCCGUGCUUCGAGCAGAUUUUCGAUCCUCAUAGAUAUUUCUGUAUCAGAGUGCUUUUGAAUCGAUUCGAUGGCGAAGUCCUUUAAGUACGUGAUCCUCGGCGGUGGCGUAGCUUCUGGCUAUGCUGCUAGGGAGUUUGCCAAGCAGGGAGUCAAACCUGGUGAACUGGCUAUCAUAUCCAAAGAGGCGGUGGCUCCUUAUGAACGUCCUGCACUUAGCAAGGCUUACCUAUUUCCUGAGGGAACUGCUAGGCUUCCUGGUUUCCAUGUUUGCGUAGGAAGUGGAGGAGAGAGGCUACUUCCAGAAUGGUACACUGAGAAAGGGAUAUCUCUGAUCCUGAGCACAGAAAUAGUGAAAGCCGAUCUUUCUUCAAAGACACUUAUCAGUGCGGCUGGAGAAUCUUUUGAAUAUCAGAUUCUGAUUAUAGCAACUGGUUCUACCGUUAUCAAAUUGACGGACUUUGGUGUACAAGGCGCUGAUGCCAAAAACAUCUUCUAUUUGAGAGAAAUUGAUGAUGCUGAUAAACUUGUUGAAGCAAUCAAGGCAAAGAAAAAUGGAAAGGCUGUGAUUGUUGGUGGGGGCUACAUUGGUCUGGAAUUAAGUGCAGCUUUGAGAAUCAACAACAUUGAUGUCAGCAUGGUUUACCCUGAACCUUGGUGCAUGCCUAGGCUAUUCACUGCCGGCAUAGCUGCCUUCUACGAAGGUUAUUAUGCAAAUAAGGGAGUCGGUAUCAUCAAGGGCACUGUAGCCGUUGGAUUUGGCACGAACGAAAAUGGGGAGGUUACAAAUGUAAAACUUAAGGAUGGUAGGGUUCUAGAAGCUGAUAUUGUUGUUGUUGGUGUGGGUGGAAGGCCCCUCACAACUCUAUUCAAGGGUCAGGUUGAAGAGGAAAAGGGUGGCAUCAAGACUGAUGCCUUCUUCAAAACAAGUGUCCCGGAUGUAUAUGCUGUGGGUGACGUUGCUACAUUCCCCUUGAAGUUGUUCAACGAGAUCCGAAGAGUUGAACAUGUCGAUCAUGCACGGAAAUCAGCUGAACAGGCCGUCAAGGCAAUUUUCGCCAGCGAACAAAAAACAUCCAUCGACGAGUAUGACUAUCUCCCGUACUUCUACUCCCGAGCGUUUGACCUGUCAUGGCAGUUCUAUGGUGACAAUGUAGGGGACACCGUUCUAUUUGGUGAUAACGACCCGAAAUCUUCCAGCCACAAGUUCGGGACUUAUUGGAUCAAAGACGGUAAGGUUAUCGGUGCUUUUCUCGAGAGUGGCACUCCCGAAGAAAACAAGGCUUUAGCGAAAGUUGCACGGGCCCAGCCCACAGUCGACAGUUUGGACCAGCUAGCUAAGGAGGGUCUUGCCUUUGCUAGUAAGGUUUAAUUAAAUUCCUCAUGAAGUGAUAUUUGAAUUUGAACAUAUUUGAAUUUGUAUCUGUUUCACAUAUCUGUUUUAUAUGUGUGUGUGUGUUUGUUUGUGAUAUUAAGACACCAACGUGCUAUGAGCCAUUAGGCUAUCUAUAUUAAAGCAUAUAUACGUGGGAGUAUGAAAUCUAUUGACUUGUCUCAAAAUCCAUUCUGCAGUCGCUUUUUUGCUGGCAUUGUGGUCCUCUUUUGUUAUUUGUCUGGUCUUAUUUCACUCGUGGUCUUAUUCACGCAUAUAUUAAAAUGGUAUAAAUUGGAAGAAUGCAAGGUUUUGGACUUUAUGAUCACUUUUCAACUACCUUCACAAUUAUGCCUGACCAAGUGGGACUAGUCCAACUAUUGGCACCGUCAUCGUAAAAACUCACACACGCGUAGUGUGAAAAGCCUGGCAUGUUCCAGAAUUUGACUAGUAUGAAAUUUCUCUUAGAGAGAAAAAAUAAAAUAAAAUGAAUGAAGUAGUUGAGAAUACAACAACAAUAUAGCCUUUAGUCCCAAGCAAGUCGGCGUAGGCUAGAAAUGAAACCCAAGAGAAAC